AUAUUAGCCGUCAACCCAUCGUUCUCCAAUACGAAAAAAAGUGCGAAUAAUGUUUAUUGUACAUAUUUUAUAUUAGUUUUGAUAAUCAACUUUACAACUAUUCAGAAUUUAAAAACCAACACAUUGCGAUGGCAUAGAAAGUUAUAAAAUGUAAUUCAUUUCACCGAAACAUGUGUUUAAUAAUAUUAGUGCAGUGAACGUGUUUAUUGGAUUAUAAAAAUAGUGCAAUGAAUAAUAGUACAUAUUUUAGCGAGUUCCACUGCUCGAAAGAUGCACUUACGGACACUUAUGGCUGGUUUAUGCAAGUUCUCUUGGCGGUUUUGGCGUUUACAUGCCUGAUCGGCAAAAGAUUUUGUGAGCCCCGCUAUGCCAGGAGACCCUGGCUCAUUUGGUUCUAUGACACCUCAAAACAAGGCCUGGGCGCUCUAAUCAUACAUGCAGCUAACAUUUGGAUAUCUCCACAUUUUGAGGGAAACACUUGUACUUGGUACAUAGUGAACUUCAUGGUGGACUCCACAUUAGGGUUACUCAUCAUUUGGGCAGGCAUCAGGCUUGCUCAAUACUGUGCUAGACAUUAUGACAUCCCACUUAUUAAUUUUGGGGAAUAUGGCAAGCCCCCAAUGUGUUCAGCGUGGCUCUGCCAAUGCGUGCUUUACGCGGCGCUAGCGACAUUCGCCAAGUCGGCGCUAGCGCUAAUACUGCGGUUGCCGCGCGUGGCGCGCGCGUUGGCGACCUUACCGCUGUCGCCAGUGUCCGACCCCAAGUUAGAACUGGCCGUCGUCAUGCUCAUCAUACCCUUCUUUGUCAAUAUAUUAAUUUUCUGGGUGACGGACAACUUCCUAAUGUAUCAUCCGAGAGGAGUGAGUUCCAAGUUAAAAUCUAAGCAUUUACGAACGGAUGAACCUCUCCAGGUGAGAUACCAGUCAAUAAAGAAGGAGAAGUCAGCUUCCGAGGAGGACGAGCACUCGGCCGACGAGCGCCUGCUGGCCGCCAACGUAUGACCCCAACCCAAGCCCCGAGUGCUGCGGGCAUAACGCAAUCUCUUACAUGCACCCUUAUUCAUAAAACUUAUCU